UCCAGCAGCUACGACAGACCUUUCACUCGGAUCUAUGGCUGGGCUCAGACUGGAGCUUCUACCGCUGUUGGUGGUCGUGGUGUUGACUGGGCAUCUGCCUCUGCUCACGGCUUCACCUCGAGGCUGGGAGUGGAUCGACAACGCUCAGCUUUCCACUCUGCUGGAAUCAGGAGAGUUGGGCUCUCCCAGUGUUUCAUCAUCGUCUUUAUCAUCAUGGACAGAUGACGACAGAGGUGAGGAAGAGGAAGACGAGCCAAUUCCUGAGGAUGAACUCCCAGAGUUCGAGGAGGAAGAAGGUGUUGCCACUGGCAAUUUGAACGCCAACACUGACCAUGGAUUCCAAGUGGAAAGUGAAGACUCAGAAUACUGGGCCAACAAUGUAGAUGGUGGAUUCCAGAUGAGUUUUGUGGACUCUUCAGAAGAUGGGACUGAUGAUGGUUUGGACUCCACUGAGACAGAUUCUGACAGCUCAGAGUUUGACUCCAGUCCAUUUCCUCGCUCUGUUGAUCAACCCAAAGUCAAGGAAAAGUGCACCAAGCCAACGACGGAACCAUCCAAAGCUCAGAAUUGUGUUGUACCUGCGGGAGAGCAAGUAACUUGUGGCGAUUCAGGAAUUACCCCUGCAGACUGUGAAAAGAUGGGAUGCUGUGUUUGUCCGACUUCAUCUGCUUGCUUCUAUCCACUGGAUGAGUGCACUGGGGAUCAACACUUUGUUUUUGCCAUUCGCUACAACUCUGCCAACAUCCCUGUGGACCCUACCAAGCUUGUUAUUCCUGGAUAUACAGACUGUAAAGCAGUCAUUGUUAAUGACAAGGUUGCCAUCUUUAAGUUCAAAGUUACUGAAUGUGGAGUUCGUGCUUAUGAAGUUGGUGAGACAAAGAUCUACCUGGCUGAAGUACAGACUAUUGUCCAAGCUCUCAACCUCAAGUAUGGUAUCAUUACUAGAAGUGAUCCGCUCAGAUUCUUGGUAGAGUGCCGCUACAGCAAAGACGGCUCUGCUCAGCAGGGACUGGCCAGUGCUGGCGUCAUGGUCAAAGUCCCGUCUUCCACCUUGCCGUCGUCUAUAACCUCGGGUGGUUUAUAUGCCGUUCUGCUAAGGAUUGCCAAAGAUAAGACUUAUUCAAGUUUCUUGCCCACUUACCAUCAACCAUUACGGUUGCUCCUUGGCAAACCAGUCUAUCUUGAGCUGUACCUGUAUUCUCCCGUACCAUAUGCAACGGUACUUGUCAACUACUGCCUAGCUUACCCUCGCUCUGCAAAGAAUGCAUUGUUGCUCAUUUAUGAAGGCUGUGCCAAUCCUUUGGACAAAAGCGUGUCCAUCCUUAAAGUCAGUGACCUUCCACAAAAUCGCAACAGGAGGCGCUUCUUAGUCACUGCCUUUCAGUUCAUGUCUCAAGUGACAAACAAGUACCUUAAUGAAGAAAUUUAUUUCAUGUGCUCUACAGAAGUUUGUUUCUCAAAUGAGAGGUCAUGUGAAGAGCGCUGCUUUGAUGGAAAGACCCCAUAAGGAUGUGCUGGGAGACUUUAUAUGAACUGAAAAUAAACCUUUUUAUAAUACAGAA